ACAUUUGGUAGUCAUUAGGGCCGGAGGGAAGGAGGCAGGCGCGGGAGCAGCCUUUCUUCUCCAGCUCAUAUCCCGGCGCCUCACGCUUGGGUGGACGGCAGCCAAGCGCGGCUGCGCUCCCCGCACCCCGUCCCGCAGAGAGGCCAUGGGUGAGCGACUGGCCCUAGGGGUGCCCCCCAGCCAAUGGGGUUGCUUCUGAAGGAUCCCAAAGGCUUUUGAUCGGGACAAGGAAGGGCAGUGGGGUGCCCCGGCCAUGCUCGGCAACACAGCAGGAGGGGACGUGAAGGGACGGCUGCGGGGAUCGGGGCGGUGAGGCCCCCACUGCAUCCCUGCUCUCAUCCGGGUUGUUCGGGGCAAUGAGAGCAGAGGACCUGGUGGGAGGAGAGGAGGAGGAGAUGCCAUCCUUCUGCUACCGAGCAAAUGGCAGGGCACGGGGUGGCUGCAGCCAGUGUCAGAAGAACCUGUCCCUGCAGACGGCUGUCAAAGUCCUCUACGUCUUCUCCGUGCUGCUCAUCGUGGCCGUGACCGUGCUGGCUGCCCUGGUCUUCAAGAAAGUCAACUCCAUCUCUGGAGACAUCAGCUCGGCCCAGAUGUACUAUGAGGAGAAGAUCUUGUCCAUCCAGGAGGACCUCCAGGAGUUGGAUGAGAAGAGCUCAGGCAACUGCUCCCUCUGCCUGGAGACAGGGCAGCUGGGCCAGGAGCUUGGCAAGCUGCAGGGUGAGCUGGAGGAGAUCCAGAAGAUGCUCUUGGUUCAGGAGGUCCUCCUCGACCGCACCUCUCGCACCCACGACACGCUCUCAUCCAGCAGCAACGAGAUCAGCAGCGAGGUGGCCGACUGCUCCUCCUCCACCCGACGGCUGAACGAGAGCGUGGGGCAACUGGUGGCCCAGCUGGGGGGCUGGCGGGCCAUCACCUCCCAGCUUGAUGGCUCACUCAAGGGCUUGGAACAGGAGCGCUUUGACGUGCGUGCCGCCAUGCAGCAGCUCAACUUCACCUUGGGGCAAACCUCUGACUGGAUCCAACUCAUCCAGAGGAAGACGGACGAGGAGACGUUGACGCUGCAGAAGAUGGUCACCGAGUGGCAGAACUACACACGGCUCUUUGCAGGACUGCGGGCCACCUCCACCGAGACGGGUGAGCUGGUCAGGAGCAUCCAGGCUGGCAUGGGUGCUGCAGCCCGGCAGGUGGGCCAGAACGCCGAGGGCAUGCAUGACCUGGUGCUGCAGGUGAUGGGGCUGCAGCUGCAACUGGACAACAUCUCCUCCUUCCUGGAUGACCACAAGGAGAACAUGAACGACCUGCGCUACCACGCCAAGUAUGCGCAGAACCGCACGGCUGAGCGCUUCGAGACGCUGGAAGGCCGGAUGGCCUCGCAUGAGAUUGAGAUUGGCACCAUCUUCACCAACAUCAACGCCACCGACAGCCACGUGCACAGCAUGCUGCGCUAUCUGGAUGAUGUGCGUCUCUCCUGCACUUUGGGUUUCCAUGCUCAUGCUGAGGAGCUCUACUACCUGAACAAGUCCCUCAGCCUGGUCCAGGGCACCACAGACCUUCUGCGGGAGCGCUUUGGAUUGCUCAGUGCCCGGCUUGACUUCGACAUCCGCAACCUGUCCAUGGUGAUGGAGGAGAUGAAGGUGGUGGAUGUCCGGCAUGGGGAGAUGCUGAAGAACAUCACCAUCUUACGAGGUGUGCCAGGCCUCCCAGGUCCCCGCGGCCUCAAGGGUGAUGUUGGCAUCAAGGGUCCCGCAGGAAGCAAAGGAGAGAAGGGCGACGUGGGCAGCCUGGGCUCACCAGGCCCCCCUGGCUCCCCUGGACCUCCUGGUCCUCCUGGUCCCCAGGGGGAAAGGGGUCCCCUGGGUGCAAAGGGUUUUCCCGGCCUCAAGGGCGCUAAGGGCAGCUUUGGGCAGUCUGGCUCCAGGGGACAGAUGGGACCCAAGGGAGAUGUGGGUCCUCCAGGGCCAGAGGGGGGACCAGGACCAACAGGACCCCCUGGUCCUCAAGGAAAACUGGGGCUCCCCGGGAACCCCGGGGCUGUGGGACAGAUCGGCCCCAUGGGUCCCAAAGGAGACCCUGGUUUGAGAGGCCCCCCAGGACCGCCAGGUCCCCCCGGUCCUCCUGGCCCAUGAUGCAGACUUGGAGCCAUGCUAAUGGCACUGGGAUGGAAGAACUCCUUCCAGCUCUGAGAGCAUCCCCUGCUCCUGCUGCCAGCCCCUGGGGACAGGGCAGGAAGGACCCUAGGGGGUCCAGAUCCCCCCAGCAUGAUGCUUUUUGGGGUGCACGGGGCUGGUCCCUGGCUCUUGAGUGGGCUGCAGAGUCCUGGGGCUUGGGGUCCCGCCGGACGAGGACCUGUAUGGGCUGGGGCACAGCUGGUUUGUGCCCUACUUCCAGCCACCUUCACCCCUCCUUCCCUGGCUGCACCAGCAAUGUAAUCCCGGCACAAUAAAUCUGUAUGGGGACAAGUGAUUCCUGCCUUUGGGACAUUGAGAUGUGGGGUACAGGAGGGCUGGGGAGGAGCCCAGAUCCAAACCUGGGGGCACUGGUGUAGUACAGAUGGUGGAGUGAGAAGGGAGCAUCCCACAGAGCUGUCCCCAAGCAGGGGGCGCAGGCUCAUGCAGAUGUGCACAUGCACUUGCCAUCUCUAAUGGAGAACCCCUCCUGGCCCCAAAGCAGGGCCCCUGGAAGAUGUCCCCACAUCCCAGGCUGGUGGGCAGGGUGUGGGUUGUUUUUCCCUGGCAGAGGGCAGGGAGGGGGCAGCUGGAGGCCCCAGGUACCCGAGCUGGGGCCUUGGUGCCAAGAGCAACACGGAGCUGGGGAAAACCAGCCAGCCCCACACCUAGCCUCAGCUCGGGCUCUCCCCAGCCUCGCUGUGGGGGUGCAGCAUGCCCCCAGAAUGCACACCUGCACACACAGCCCUGCUUCACUGCCUGCUCCUAGGAGAAAUAGGCCUUUGCCAAUAGCAGCUCUGACUUUGUUUUCCAGAGGUUUGUUCAGGUCACAGCUCUUCCUGUCCCUGUGCCCACCCCUGUUCCCAUUCCAUCCCUAUCCCUGUUCCAUCUCAUUCUAUCUCUGUCCCCAUUCCUGUUCCCAUCUCAACCUCCAUCCCACCCCUUCCCAUCCCUAUUCCCAAUACCACACCUAUCCCUAUCCCAUUCCAACCUCCAUUCCCAUCCU